GUGGGCCCUGCUGGAGGCUGCUCGGGUGGGCCUCUGGCAUGGCUUCCAAACAAGCGAAAAGGAAAGAAGUGCAUCGGAUCAAUUCUGCCCACGGAUCAGAUAAAUCUAAAGAGAUCUACCCUUUUAGCAGCAGUGUGGCCCCUGGUUCUGUCGAACAGAAGAAGGGAAAGUUCCCCAUCUGGCCUGAGUGGAGCGAGGCAGACAUAAAUGCCGAAAAGUGGGACGCAGGCAAAGGUGGGAAGGAGAAAGACAAGACCGGCAAGAGCCCCAUCUUACACUUUUUUGAAGACCCUGAAGGAAAGAUUGAAUUACCCCCAUCAUUGAAAGUCUUUUCUUGGAAACGUCCACAAGAUUUUAUAUUUAGCCGACCUCCUGUAGUUGUGAAAAAUGAAAUCACGUUUGAUUUGUUUUCACCAAAUGAACAUUUACUCUGCAGUGAGCUUAUGCGGUGGAUUAUCAGUGAAAUCUAUGCUGUGUGGAAGAUAUUCAAUGGAGGGAUUCUGAACAGUUACUAUAAAGGAAACUCAGCAGAGAUUCCUAUUCUGCUCUGGAAACCCUGGGAACACAUAUAUUCUCUCUGCAAAGCCGUGAAGGGCCAUGUGCCUUUGUUUAACAGCUACGGGAAAUAUGUUGUAAAGCUUUACUGGAUGGGUUGCUGGAGGAAGAUAACUAUUGAUGACUUCCUUCCAUUUGACGAGGAUAACCAUCUAUUGCUUCCAUGUACAUCGUAUGAGUUUGAGCUCUGGCCAAUGCUACUGUCAAAAGCUAUCAUUAAGCUGGCAAAUGUUGAUAUUCAUGUAGCACAGAGGAGAGAGCUAGGAGAAUUCACAGUUAUCCAUGCACUCACCGGGUGGCUACCUGAAGUCAUUCCUCUUCAUCCUGGGUAUGUGGACAGAGUUUGGGAGCUCUUGAAGGAAAUCCUUCCUGAGUUUAAGCUCACAGAAGAGCCCACUUCUGAAAGCAAAUUCACAGUGCUAGAUAACAAACUGAAGGAACCCGUGAAAGAGACCAAGGAUGGCAAGGAAGUGAAAGAUGGCAAGGAAGUGAAAGAUGUGAAGGAUUUCAAACCGGAAAGUUCCCUUACAUUGCUGAAGACUCCAGAGAAAGGCGACAAAGCUCCAAAGGAGAAAACAGAGCCAAAAGACCUUUGGAAGAAGAAGAUGAAGGAUGGAGAUAAGGAGAAGGAAAAAUUCAAAUUUUCACUCCAUGGUUCAAGACCCUCAUCAGAUGUUCAGUACUCUGUACAGUCCUUGUCAGAUUGUUCCACGGCAACACAGUCCCCUCACAUGGUUGUAUAUGCCACCUUUACACCACUCUAUUUGUUUGAAAACAAGGUCUUUAUGUUAGAGAAGAUGGCAAAUUCUGCAGAGAAACUUCGGGAAUACGGGCUUUCUCACAUCUGCAGCCACCCUGUGCUGGUGACCAGAAGUAGGUCUUGUCCCCUUGUGGCACCACCCAAGCCUCCUCCCUUACCUCCCUGGAAACUCAUUCGCCAAAAAAAGGAAACAGUCAUAACAGACGAAGCUCAAGAUGCUGCACCAAAGAAGCCUGAGCAGUUCCUUGAGAUUUCAAGUCCAUUUUUGAAUUAUAGAAUGACUCCAUUUACUAUUCCAAAAGAAAAGCAUUUUGUGCAGUCAGUCAUUAAGAAAGGAGCACCACUGGGAACCAGUCUUCCUUCCCUUGCAGAAAAUGAAAUACCUAUAAGCACCAGCCAAGCGGAGAUAACCAUAGUAACAGGAAACACAUCUCAGGGUAAUGUUGUGUUGCAGACUAUACCUGCAAAAGACGAACAAGGAGAGCUUGCACUGGGUGAUUUCCACCCACCCGAGGGCUUGGGUGUAGAAAAGGACUUGGUCAGCCAGACUACAGCAACACAGGAAAAGUCACAGGAAGAUUUUGCAACAGUCAGUGAAGCUGCUUCCAAAGAAAUAUGGUUAGAUUUUGAAGACUUUUGUGUGUGUUUUCACCAUAUAUAUGUUUUCCACAAGCCAAGUUCUUAUUGUAUUAAUUUUCAAAAAUCAGAAUUCAAGUUCUCAGAAGAGCGUGUGCCCUACUAUCUAUUUGUGGACAGCCUGAAGCCCAUUGAACUACUGGUUUGCUUUUCUGCUUUGGUGCGCUGGGGGGAAUCUGGAGCCCUAACAAAAGACAGUCCUCACGUGGAGCCUGGGCUCUUGACAGCUGAAGCAAUCACCUGGAAGUCCCUGAAGCCUCUCAGUGCUGUUUUGAGGAUGCACACCUAUGCUACAAAGGCCACCAUGGUGCGCCUGCCUGUCGGGAGGCAUAUGCUGCUCUUCAAUGCAUACUCCCCCGUGGGACAUGCCUUACAUGUCUGCAGCAUGAUGACAUUUGUCAUUGGGGAUGAAGAUGUUGUACUGCCCAACUUUGAGCCGGAGAGCUUCCGAUUUGUGGAACAGUCUGUAAUAAUUCUCAAGGCUAUUGGAAAUGUGAUUACUAAUUUCAGAGACAAAGAUAAAUUGUCUGCAGCUCUGAGGGAUCUGCAAGCAGCUCACUAUCCUAUUCCCCUCUACAACAAAGAACUCACUGCUCAGCACUUCCGGGUUUUCCACAUAUCAUUAUGGCGUUUAAUGAAAAAAUCUCUAGUAGCCAAGCCUCCUUCAAACUUCAAAUUUGCAUUUCGGGCUAUGGUUUUAGACACGGCCUUCCUGGACUCCCUCUCAGAGGACGUCUCUUUAGCGGAAUGGGUAGACCUUAAAUACUGUAUGCCAAUAAAUGAGAAGGAGUAUUCUCCUGAGGAGGUAGCUGCUGCAGUGAAAAUUCAGUCCAUGUGGAAAGGGACCUAUGUUAGACUUCUCUUAAAAGCUCGAAUGCCAGACACAAAGGAAAAUGCCAGCGUUGCAGAUACACUUCAAAAAAUUUGGACAUCUUUAGAAGCGAAUAUGGAGCAAUAUUCACUUUCUCUCCUAAGACUAAUGUUUAAAAGCAAGUGUAAGUCUAUGGAGUCUUAUCCAUGUUACCAAGAUGAAGAGACUAAGGCGGCCUUUGUUGACCACAUGGUGAACCAUCCAGACCAGCCACCGAAUUCUUGGUUUAUAGUAUUCAGAGAAACAUUUUUUGUCCCUCAAGAUAUGGUUAUAGUUCCCAAAGUAUAUACUACACUCCCGGUCUGUAUGCUGCACGUCGUUAACAAUGACACGAUGGAGCAGGUACCUAAGGUGUUUCAGAAAGUGGUGCCUUAUCUUUACACCAAAAACAAGAAAGGAUACACAUUCGUGGCUGAAGCGUAUACUGGUGACUCAUAUGUGUCGGGUGCACGAUGGAAACUGCGGCUCAUUGGCUCUUACAACCCACUCCCAUUUCUUUCCCGAGACUCUCCAUGCAACACCUUCACCAUAAAGGAAAUCAGAGACUACUACAUCCCCAGUGACAAGAAAAUCCUCUUCAGGUACUCUGUUAAAGUGACAGUGGCACAGUGUAUUACAGUACAAGUUCGCACAUCCAAACCCGACGCCUUCAUCAAGCUGCAAGUACUGGAAAGCGAGGAGGUCAUGGUGAGCACCAUCGGCAAAGGGCAAGCCAUCAUUCCUGCCUUUUACUUUCUUGGAAGUGAAAGAGCAUUGAGCUCCCAGUCUAGCAAGCAAAUUCUCCUAUCUCAUUCUUCAACUAAGAAAGAAACGGAGGUGAUAACCAAGAAAAAAGCUGCCCAAGCAAGUCAGAAGUCUUUUAAGGGAAGACCUGGGAUUGUGGCAGCAGAGGCAGGUCUGCCUCUGCUGGAAGAAGACACUGUGUCUAUACCCACUACAGAAGAAAGUUCUAGCACACCACAGCAGAUAGAGGCGAAACUAUCAAUUAAAGGAGAAAAGUGCUACAAGUACAUCAUACAGUGCUUGGUGCUGUUUAACAGCUGGCCUCUCACUGAAACUCAGCUGACGUUUGUUCAAGCACUAAAAGACUUAGAGAAAUUUGAUAUGAAAGCUCAUGUAGAGAAACAUGAAGAAUUGAUUACCACAGGAAGCCCAGAUUUCCAUGCUGUCAGUGAAGGGCAGAAAUCUGUAGGAACUUCCAAAACAUCAAGGAAAGGCAAGGAGAAGGCUGCGGAGAAAGAAAAGUCAGUCAAAGAAAAACAGGCCCCUCGCUUUGAGCCUCAGCAAGUACCCACCAUUCACCCUCAGCAAGAUGAUCCAAACAAACCCUACUGGAUUUUGAGGCUGGUCUCUGAGCACAGCGAGUCAGACUAUGUUGACGUGAAAAAAGACACAGAACGAGCAGAUGAAAUACGAGCCAUGAAGCAAGCUUGGGAGACAACUGAGCCAGGGAGGGCUAUCAAGGCUUCUCAGGCACGUUUGAAGUACCUCAACAAGUACUUUAAGAAGACAAGUGACACUUCUGUUCCUGUUCCCGUUCCCGCUCCCGCCCCCAUUCCCGCAUCCGGUCCAGUUCCUGGUUCUGUCCCUGCCAUGGCCUCUGAGACUUUGCCUUCUAUUCAGAGCCAAACUAAAUCCUCAGAAGAAGGAGAGCUAGCAGGAGGUACUUGGAAAGAUGCCAAAGAAGAGACCAAAGAACUGCCGCCAGCUGCAGCCGGAAGUGUGGUGUGGAAGAAGUGGUCCAAGGUGAGGGAUCUGGCAAAAUCCACAAGCAAUGACAAGGACCUGAAGGAACAGAAAGAGCUGAAAGAGCCGAAAGAGCCGAAAGAACCGAAAGAGCUGAAAGAGCCGAAAGAGCACAGUCCAGCGCUGAGCACCAUGGGUGCGAUGACCGCCCUGAGUGCGAUGACCACCCUGAGUGCGCUGACUUCCCCGACUCCACGUAAGGAGACCCCUACUCCUGCAGUGCCCCAUAUACGAUCUCAGACAGUUUUGGAAAUGUCUCCACGUCUCAUUCGAAAAGCACUAGAAUUUAUUGACUUCAGUCAUUAUGUACGGAAAGUAACUGAUGAGGCUGUGCUGCAAACAGACGAACUGAACAAGCAGCAAUCUAUGCAGAAAGCAGAAGAAAUCCACCAGUUCCGACAGUAUAGGUCCCGAAUCCUCAGCUUCAGAGACGUUGAACAGGAAGAACGGUUUAAGCUAAGGGAUGAGGUCCUGGACAUGUAUGGGGAGAUGCGGGACUCUGUAGAUGAAGCCCGGCAGAAGAUCCUUGAUGCCCGGGAAGAAUACAGAAACAAGUUGCUGGAGGCUGAGCGCCUGAGGCUGGAAGCUUUGGCAGCUCAGGAGGCUGCCAUGAAGGCAGAAUCAGAGAAGAAGUCUCCGGCUUCUGACUCGCAGAAGAAGAAGAAAGGGAAGAAAAAGUAACUACGCUGCAUAGGGAAGGAGUUACUUUGCCUUUUAAUAAAACAUUAGAUCAAUUGAAACUGGAGAAAAUGUUCCACCCUCAUAGAUUCUAUAUUUUAAUGUUAAGAUAUUGGUUUUUCUUAGAAUUUGAAGCCGUUAGCUUCUCAGAUGUUCUAAUUUCACUAAAAUUGCUAACAAACGUUUAGAUUGUAAAUAAAAUUCUGUGCGAUUUACUUUGAAUUUCCUAAUUAAAAUAAAUUUAUGCACUCAUGUA